AUGUCAAGUGGUUCUAGUGGAGGAAAUAGGCUUAAUGAAGGGGGGAAUGUGCAAGGUGAUCAUGGGCAGCCAAUUGGUGUGAAUGAGGAUGAUUUUGAUGAGGGUUUUGAGGAGUAUGAUAAUGCAGCCUAUGGUGGGGUUGGUAGAGGCAUGGGUAGAGGAGCUAGGAGAUACCAAAAUCUUAGUAGAGUUAGAGGACACUUUGGUGGUGAGUUUGGUGGUUAUGGGAACUAUGAUGAUGUUGAUAGGAACUUAGGUAGUAUCAAACUUAGUAUUCCUACCUUCUUGGGAAAAACUGAUCCGGAGGCAUAUUUGGAGUGGGAAAAGCGAGUUGUCCUUAUCUUUGAUUGCCAUAACUUUUCAGAGGAGAAAAAGGUGAAAUUGGUGGUUACCCAAUUUAGUGACUAUGCUAUAGUUUGGUGGGAUCAGUUGGUGGUUAGUAGGAGGAGGAACAUGGAAGAACCUAUUGGUAGUUGGAUUGCACUCAAAACUAUCAUGAGAAGGCGUUUUGUACCCAGACAUUACCAUAGGGAGUUACAUCAAAGACUCCAAUCUUUGAGGCAAGGUACAAAGAGUGUUGAGGAUUUUUAUAAGGAGAUGGAAAUGCUCAUGACUAGGGCUGAUUUGGAUGAGGAUAGAGAAGCUACCAUGGCACGAUUCAUUGGUGGGCUUAAUAAGGAGAUUGCUGAUAGGGUAGAGUUGCAACAUUAUGUGGAGCUUGAGGAGUUAGUUCACCUUGCAAUUAAGGUGGAAAAGCAACUAAAACCUAGAGGGACAGCAAGGUUUGAAUAUAAGGGCACUUCGAGUGGGAGGCCGCAUUGGUCUAAUUCUUGGAAAGGAGGUAAGAAAGGUGAUGAUAAGGUUAUUCCCAAUGACAACAAAGGGAAAAGCAUUUCAGGCAACAAAGACACAUCUAAACCAGAAAUUAACAAAGAAAAGAAUAGAGACAUCAAGUGUUUCAAAUGCUUGGGGCGUGGCCAUAUUGCUUCACAAUGUCCAAACAAGCGGGCAAUGGUGGCUAGAGACCAUGGGGAGAUUGAAACAGCAAGUGAAGAGAGUGAUAAUGAUGAUGAGAUACCACAAUUGGAAGACGGCAGCGAUGAUUGCAUUGAGGGUCCUAUGGGAGGUGAGCUCUUGGUGGCU